AUGUCAGAAGUCACAGAUCUUGAAACUAUUGAACCACCAACUUCAAAUUCGCUGAAGUCAACAGGGUUCUCAGGCACUGCUAGUGACAACACUCCUAACUCUCUGAAACCAGUUGGGUUCAGCCAAACAGCUACUGGUGGCCAAUUUGGUGCAGCUGCUCCAGUCAAAAGCACACCAAGAAAGCAGCAACCAUUCAUUAAGAACCACUACAACAGUCCCCAAAAAAAUCAGCGGAAAAUCUUCACCGAAUAUAUUUCAAAAGAAGAAUCUAAUGUGGGUAUCAAGAACGGGUCUAUGUUCCGAGGAGUUUUACGGAUAAACCCAAAAAACUACCAAGAAUGUUUCCUGGAUCAUCCGAAAGGAACAAGUUAUUCUGAUGUUCUGGUGUUGGGUCAAAAUCGUAAUCGAGCUAUGCAAAACGAUAUAGUAAUUGUGCAGUUGAGUCCAAAAGAAGAGUGGCUGGUGAAUUACGUCGAGUACGUCAAGUGGUGGGGAUUAAAUAAAAAAGUCGAGCGAAAAUUGGGCAAAACAGAUAACAAUACAAACAAACCGGAAAAGAGAUGUCUUCAAAAUGAAAUCGAUGAUAACGGAGUAACUGUAGAUGAAGUUCCUGAAUCAUGUCUCAUUACUGUUGGAUCCAUUGUGAGAAUUGAUGAAAAGAAACACUUCCGAGUUGCCGCUGGUAAACUUCAACUGAUGCCAAAUAGUGCCAACCCUAACGUUCUAUUUGUGGCCACCGAUUCCAGAAUCCCAAGAAUUCUCAUUCCGAAAAGUGAGGUGGAUCAGGAAUUCUUUUCACGGCCUAAAGAUUUUGAAAAGUUCCUGUACACUGCAAAAAUCAUCGAUUGGCGUGCUGAUUCGGUUUAUGCUGAUGGUCAGCUAAUUAAGCUCUUGGGAGUAUCCGGUGAAAUCGACACAGAGACUGAGCGCAUAGUAUACGAACAUCAAAUUGAUCACAGAGAAUUUACGGAUGAGUGUAUUUCUUCCCUUCCAGUUUCAACAGCAGAGCAAUGGACAAUUCCGGAUUCAGAGUUCGAAUAUCGUCGUGAUUUCCGCAAUGACAUCGUUUUUACAAUCGACCCUAAAACCGCACGCGAUCUAGACGAUGCUCUACAUGCAAAACAUAUCGAUGACUGUGACGGAAAAGGAACACCAGGAGUGGAAAUCGGCGUCCAUAUCGCAGAUGUUACCUUCUUCCUAAAAGAAGGAACGGAACUCGAUCGCUGGGCUUCUGAACGUGGAAACAGUACUUAUCUUUCUCAACUGGUGAUUCCGAUGUUGCCUCGUAUUCUAUGCGAACAAUUGUGCUCUUUGAAUCCCGGAGUUGAUCGUUUGGCCUUUUCAACUGUCUUCAAAAUGAGCUAUGAAGGAGAAUUGAAAGACGUUUGGUUCGGUCGUUCCAUAAUCCGCUCACGUGUGAAACUUGCUUAUGAACAUGCUCAAGACUUCAUCGAGAAUCCAGAUAAGGAAUUCGAAGUUACCGAACUGCCUGGUAUUUCCGACGGAAAUACUCCAACAGAGAUUAAAGAAAAAACUUUGAUGCUUCAUAGAGUCGCGCAGAUUCUUCGGAAAAAACGGGAGGACAGUGGUGCACUGCGUAUCGAGUUACCAAAACUCAAGUUCGUUAUGGAUGAAGCUAAAAGACCUCAAGGAGUGUCUAUUUAUGAAAUAAAAGAUUCCAACAAACUCGUAGAAGAAUUCAUGUUAUUAGCUAACAUGGAAGUAGCAAAAAAGAUUGAAAGCUGCUUCCCAGAUAAAGCUCUUCUUCGAAAUCAUCCACCUCCAAAAGAAAAAAUGAUAAAAGACGUUGCUGAUCAAUGUGCUAGAAUUGGCUUCCCAUUAGACGGAAAGACUUCCGGAAUGCUAUCGACUUCUCUUCGCAAGUAUCAAGGCAACUCUCGUCUCUUCAUGUGCAUUCGUCAAGUGAUCUCAUCGUUGACUAUCAAACCUAUGCAGCAAGCCAAAUAUUUCUGUACGUUCGAAAUGGCACCAUCCUUUUUCCAUCACUAUGCUCUGAAUGUUGACCACUACACCCAUUUCACAUCUCCCAUCAGACGUUAUCCGGAUGUCAUUGUUCACCGUCAACUUGCUGCCUCACUAGGAUACGAUGAGAAGUGCAAUCGAGGUGCUGAAGAAAUUCAGAACAUCUGUACUCGAUGUAAUGAAACCAAGCAAGCGUCGAAAGAGGCAUCGGAAGAGUCUGCAAUGCUUUACUUUGGCGUGUUCAUUCAUUCGACAGGCCGAAUGACUUGUCAAGCAGUGGUUCUCGGGGUUUUGGAUUCGUCGUUCGACGUUUUGAUCGUCGAGUACGGUGUUGUGAAACGAGUUUAUGUUGAUAAAAUGAAGCGAGAGUUCAACAAGCAAUCUGACCAAUUAACUCUUUUCUGGUCAGCCGAUCCCAAUGCAGAAACUGGAAACAAAGACGAGUUUUCGACGCUUAUACAGAUCUGCUCUGUAAUUUCUGUGGUUCUCACCCCAGUAAAAGAUUUCGACGUCAACGCCGUUAUGCUUCGUCCAUCACUUGAGCAGCGAAAAAUUCUCGGAUCGACUCUCAAAGACAUGAUGGAAACCGACUCGAAAAUUCUUGAAUAG